AUGAGCCUCACGAAUCCUCCAUCGGGAGCCUCAGGACCCGGCUCUGUGUCUGCUGCAAGAUCACAGACUUUGAAGAGGAGCGUGCAGGCUGCCUUUGAAGUGUCCGUUACAUCUCGAAAGACACGUGGCUUCCCAACGCACACAUCACUUACGAUAUACACAGAUCCUGCUGAUCGGGGCAUUGGCCCUGUGGGCUACCAGUCAAAAGUUCGUGUCAUUGACAAAUACAAGGUUGUGGGCUUUAUUAGCAGUGGCACGUACGGCCGAGUAUACAAGGCGCUCGGGAGGCAGGGCCAGACCGGCGAGUUUGCAAUCAAGAAGUUCAAGCCGGACAAGGAAGGCGAGCAGAUCGCGUACACCGGCAUUUCUCAGUCUGCCGUCCGGGAAAUGGCGCUCUGCAGCGAACUGAACCAUCUCAAUGUCAUCAAGCUGAUUGAGAUUAUCCUCGAGGACAAGUGCAUCUUCAUGGUCUUUGAGUAUGCCGAGCACGAUCUCCUCCAGAUCAUCCACCACCACACGCAACAACCACGACAUCCCAUUCCGCCGGCAACCAUCAAGAGCAUCAUGUUUCAGCUCCUCAAUGGGUGCCAGUACCUUCAUGCAAACUGGGUUCUCCAUCGCGACCUCAAACCGGCAAACAUCAUGGUCACAUCCGCGGGGGAGGUCAAGAUUGGUGAUCUCGGUCUAGCACGCCUGUCCUACAAACCCUUGCACAGCCUGUUCAGCGGUGAUAAGGUCGUCGUGACUAUAUGGUAUCGUGCGCCUGAACUACUCCUGGGCAGCCGGCACUACACGGCUGCAAUUGACAUGUGGGCGGUAGGCUGCAUCUUUGCUGAGCUGAUGUCUUUGAGGCCUAUUUUUAAGGGUGAGGAGGCGAAGAUGGAUUCCAAAAAGACGGUACCGUUCCAGCGCAACCAAAUGCAGAAGAUUGUGGACAUCAUGGGCCUGCCGACCAAAGAGCGCUGGCCGCUGCUAACGGCGAUGCCCGAGUACAGUCAGUUGCAGACCCUCCAACCUCCGCUUGGCCUUGGGCCACACCACAGCCAUCAAUCUCACCACCAUCAUGGUGCCGCCCGUCAAGCCAGCGGAGGUUAUCUAGAGAAAUGGUACCACAGCACCAUCAAUGCGAGCACAGGCACCUCCUCACCAGCUGCGAGCGGGUCCGCGGCUUCGCUUACAUCUCUUGGGACAGAAGGCUACAAGCUGCUAGCGGGACUCCUCGAGUACGACCCGGAAAAGCGGUUGACGGCUGCCCAGGCCCUACAACAUCCUUUCUUCAGCGUCGGCGACCGUGUGAGCGCCAACUGCUUUGAGGGGCUAAAGGUGGAAUAUCCCCACAGGCGAGUCAGCCAGGACGACAACGAUAUCCGCACAAGCAGUCUUCCUGGGACGAAGCGCAGUGGACUGCCAGACGAUUCACUGGUACGCCCAGGCAAGAGAGUCAAAGAGGGCUAG